AUGAACUUAAGAAAAAUUGUGCUAUUAUUUUUGACAUUUUGCAUAUGCACUGUGAAAUGCCAACAAGAUUUGUCACUUGAGUGUGAUGAAAUCGACAGUGAGGAUUACUAUGAUGUUGAAAAACCGUUUUGUACAAUUAGUAACUUUAAAGUAAAUCAUAAUCAAAAUGUGAAAAUUCGCAAUUAUUCAGGCUGGGUUGUUAGUUCUAUAAAAUUCAUGAAAUUCUACGAAUCAUCGCUGCUGUAUAUACCUUUCAAAUUAUUUGAGGAGUUCCCGCAUUUACAAACACUGGAUGCAUCUGCAACACAGAUUUUAGAAAUAACCCGCAACACAUUUAGUUCGGCUGGUAACUUAACCUUUCUCAACCUCGCUGGUAAUGAACUGACCAAAAUCAGCACUUCUGUAUUUGUGGGAGCCAAUAGUUUGCUGCGCUUGGAUUUGUGCCACAAUAAAUUAGAGGAGUUGAGCGAAUUUUCUUUCAAUGGCUUAAAGCACCUCAACUCAAUUAUGUUAUGUGCCAACCAGCUUAAAGAAAUUCCGAGUUCUCUUUUUAAAGAUAAUCUCUUCUUAAACGUCGUCCGUUUGGAAAACAAUUUACUGGAACAUAUUGCACCAGAAGUAUUUUACGAUUUGUUUCUUUUACAUGAAGUGAAUUUGAUAGGCAAUAAACUGCGAACUAUCGAUCCUAAUACAUUUUACCGGUCAUAUAGUUUAGAUGAUCUGUUUAUUUCAACAAAUCGUUUUACUGAAUUUUCUUUAUCCAAUAAAAGCAUAAUGCGUCAUCUGGAAAUUAAUGAAAACAAUCUGACUUCGAUUUUUAUCAAUGGUACUAAAUUUGUGCAUGCAGAGAACAAUCAUAUUUCUACAAUACAUAUGAUUAACUCAUUAUUUUUGGAGAGUUUAUUUCUGGCUCACAACAACAUAAGUGAUAUUAAAAAUAUAACUAAAGCUUCCGGGUUACUAGAACUUAGUCUAUCCCACAACAAAAUUGGACAGUUAAACAUAACUACCUUUGACAAUUUGAAACGUUUACGUAAACUAAUUUUAAGAAAUAUUGGAUUGAAGUAUAUUGCUUUCGGCAUGUUUUCCAAGCAAGUACAUCUAGAAGUACUGGAUCUAUCUUUCAACAAUUUGACUACUUUAAAUUUAGACAUUUUUGUACCAUAUAUGAUAAAUCUUGUUCAAUUCUAUGUGGACGGUAACAAUUUAACCGAAAUACAAGGCAAACAUAGCUUCGCUAUGGCUUUCCAAAAUCUAUCAACACUCGGCAUAUCACAAAAUCAUUUUAACUGCUCAUAUUUGCACAUGAUACUAAUAUCUCCAUUUUUGCAAUCAACAGUUACUUUGCAUAUAGAACCGGACUCUAAUAAUGAAGAGAGUUCACAUAUACGUGAUAUAUCAUGCAGCAGUAAUAUAACACAAUCACUUCAAGAAGUGAAAGGUGAACUGAAUCACGUUAGUGGCCUCUACGAUCUUAUGCAGGAAUCUUUGAAGACACAACGUGCGAAUGAGCAAAAGUUGGCGCUACAUUUGCUUCUUAUGAAAGUUGCACUUUGGCUGUUAAUUAGUGUGGUUGCUGGCAUUGGAAUAAUGCAGUAUAUACGUCAUCGGCGUAAGAACUAUAUCCUUAGGCGCAAUAACAGUAUUGUUUUCAAUUCUCAAGCCACGAUUAGUACAGUUAAUCACAUAGAUCACUGA